CUGGCCAUCCAAUGUUCCUUUCGCUUUUAGGAUCUUCAGAUACGUUUACCGUUACCAUGACAAUGGAAAUCAACAGGAGGAAUGUGCAGCUUGGAAGUUGGCGAUAUUGGUUUGAUUUUAACCAGCCAAUCCGAGUUUAAAACAAACAUUAUGCCUUUUGCAAAAACAGACUAAGGCGCAAUGAGUGCUCGCGGCAGUGAAGUGAGCGUUUUUGUUCGUACUAGACCGACGGCCAGCUUUGCUCAAGAGCUCAUAGAAUAUCUACCGGAUGGACAGACAGUGAAUGUCCGCCAGUGGAAGGAGUCCAGGAAGGGGGUGGUGAACAACCAGCUGAAUUCUUGGUCCUUCCGUUUGGAUGGCGUCCUGCAUGACGUGUCACAGGAGGAUGUGUAUGCCCGUGUGGGGCGAGGGGUAGUGCUCAGGGUGCUGCAGGGGUACAACGGUACUGUGAUGUGUUUUGGCCAGACGGGAGCAGGGAAGACUUACACCAUGACAGGAGCCACAGAGAAUUACAGUCAGAGAGGGAUUAUACCCAGAGCCCUACAGGAGGUGUUCCGGGAGGUGGAGCAGCGUUCCGACCACACCUUCACCGUGCACCUGUCCUUCCUGGAGAUCUACAACGAGACCCUGGUGGACCUGCUGUCCUCCGUACGGGGAUGCCCAGGCCCAGGUCCAGGGGGCAUGGCUGUGGUGGAGGAGCCUGGAGGGAGCGUGGUUGUUAAGGGGCUGUCUCUGCACCUAGUCCACAGUGAAGUAGAAGCCCUCAACCUGCUUUUUGAGGGAGAAAUGAACCGCAUCAUUGGAGCUCACAGCCUCAACAGGAACUCAUCCAGAUCUCACUGCAUCCUUACUGUGCACAUUGAGUCUCAUUCCCGCACUCUGUCUGAUGCUAAAUACGUGACCUCCACCUCCAAGCUGAACUUGGUGGACCUAGCAGGCUCAGAGAGACUGGGCAAGACAAAGUCGGAGGGCCAGGUGCUGAAGGAGGCCAUGUACAUCAACAAGUCCCUGUCAUUCCUGGAGCAGGCCAUCCUGGCUCUGGCAGACCGUAAGAGAGACCACGUGCCCUUCAGACAGACCAAACUCACCCAUGCCCUCAAGGACUCACUGGGUGGGAACUGCAACACAGUUCUGGUGGCCAACAUCUACGGAGAGGCUGCUCAGAUAGAGGAGACGCUGUCCACCUUGCGGUUCGCCAGCCGGAUGAAGCGUGUCAGAACCGAUCCGGCCCUCAACGAGCACAUCAACCCGGUGCUGCAGGUGCUGAAGCUGCAGAAGGAGAUCCAGCUGCUGAAACAGCAGCUGUCCAUUCACGACACCCUGGCCAACCGCACGGGCAUGUCCUACGAGACGCUGUCUGAGACCCAGGUGGCAGAGAUUCAGAGCCAGGUUCAGAGAUACCUGGAGGGAAGCCUGGAAGAGAUCAACAUUGUCAAUAUCAAACAGAUCCAGGAGGUAUUUGCUCAGUUCAAGGUCGCCAUACAUCCUGGUGGUGCUGUGUUGGGCAGGCAGCAGGAGCAGCGUGUGAGGAGCCAGCUGUGUGAGACCUACAGCCUGGUGGAAAAGACCCAGAGUUCCUCUGGAACUCCAGUUGCCAAGCUGCAGGCUCCCAAAAGCAUGGUGGGAGAGGUGGAGGGCUGUGGGUUCGGGGUCGGCGUGGCUGCUCCCUCAGAGAGGCAUGUCCGCCCCGUGUCCCCUGACAGGACCAGAACCAGGAAGACCAAGGAGCUGGUCAGCCAUGGCAAGAAGGAGGCCACAGGAGCAGGCAGGCCAGCGGAGGAUGUGUCCGGCCCACCCAGCCAGAGAGAGCCUGAGGUCUAUGAGCUGGAGACCCAGGAUCCCCCGGUGCUACUCCCCGGUCCCAGAGAGCCCCCCAGGCCUGACUCCCCUCCCAGUAAGACAGAAGCAUUUGAGGACUUCAAGGCGGAGCGCGGCAGUGAGAUAAACCGCAUUCUGAAGGAGAACAAGGCGGUCCUGCUGGAGCGACGGGCCCGCCUCCGAGAGCUCACCGACGCCAUCAACACGGCCAAAACAGAGAUAGACCACACCAGCUCCGCCCUGCAACAGUGGAGGGAGAGGAGGCAGAGCCAGGGUCAGUUUGUGAGUGCGCAGGGGGAGCUGGUGCUGGAGGAGGAGGAGCUGGCGCUGGUCAUGCGUCUGCAGGAGCUGAAGUCCCGGUACCGGCUGCUGUACGAGGAGCAGCGCAGCACCAAGGCUGAGGUCAGCUACUGCCACCACCUGGUGGACCAGUGUAGGGCACGCCUACUUACCGAGUUUGAGAGCUGGUACAAUGAGUCCUUCCUGCUCCCAGAGGAGGUCCAGGCCAUGCUAAGGACCGGGGGAACAAUCAGACCUGGACUCAUACCCCUGGACAAGGCACUGGCUCUGGAGGAGGAUGAGCAGGUGCGUUGUGAGCGUGUGAGGUCUGAGCGCCUGGCCGACAGCCCCAGCGCAGUCUCCUUCUACAGCGCUCACAUGAGGUCGCUUCAGCGGCAGAGGAGCGUGGGCAGGGCCACGCCUCAGACCGCCUCCCAGAAGAGAAGCCCCAGAGACUCUGGCCGCACCAGACUGCCUGCCAUCCUCACCAUCAUGUGACUGGAAGCAUGUUUCAUCUGCCCCCAUGGUCCACCAGCACCCCAAGUGGCACGCCUAAUGUGGCCUCAAUAAAGACCCAAGAUGUUGGUGAAUCAGCGUGUGUGUGUGUGUAGAGUAGCUCAGUGGAGGGUUCUGUUUGUCGGAUGUAUCCUCUUUGUAACUGUACCACGAAAAGCACAAACACACACAAUGCAAUGAAUCAGCUUGUUAAAUGAAAAGUAAACUUUUAUUAUUCCUGAACCACAAAAUAGACUUCUUUGGUUGUACAAAUUCACUAGUUACAGUCUUGGUUGAGCUCUCUGACCUCUGACCCAAGCACUCAUGUCCUCUGAUUCAUUUGAACUCCCCCCCCCCCCCCCCCCUUCCCUCUCUCCCCAUGAGAAGAGAAUAACCCUAAAAGAAAAGUUCAAACUGAUUCUCCUUUAAAAAUGUAGUGAAUCCCACUUGGGGGAGGAUUUACCUACGGCGGGUAAAAAAAAAGGAAAACAAAGAAAUUUCUCCCAAUCGCAGAUGUUACCGUCAAACUGAAUUUCAGUCAGCGAGAGCUACACGGAAAGCUAUGAUUAGCAUUAAACUGACACAAAUGCUACUCCUGUUACUGUCAUGAUUCUCCAAUGAAGCAGUCGGGUGCACAGAUCACACUGAGUGUGAGAAAAGCUGAGGAAAGUUUUAGAAUGAUCAGAAGAGAGGUUGAAUUUCUCUCGAGACUUAUCUUCCUGUCUUUAGCCAGACACUUAGCGACCAAUCCCUUCCCCCUCCACACAACACACUACAGCUCGACCCAGGCACACGCUGGCUCGGUUUCAACCCAAACUUUUGCUUUCCUUUUUACGUUCUGUAUUUGUACAUUAUUCACACUGUAAUAAAGGAUCGUUUUUUUUUCUCAGUGGCGUCAGAUUUAAAUUAACUAAAGACAGAUCAUUAAAAAU